AUGAUGGGCCUCCCGGCUCUCCCUCGCAAGCUGCCCUCCCGCAACUGGCUCAUCUUCUGGACCCUGUCCUCCUCCAUCGCCGCCGCAAUCAUCUACGACAAGCGCGAGAAGAACCGCGCGACGGCGAAAUGGCGCCGGGCCGUUGCGCCGCUCGCCAAAGAGCCGCUGGCCAACGCGAGCCAGCUGCCCCGCAAGCUCACAGUCUACCUCGAGGCUCCCCCAGGAGACGGUCUGCGCACUGCUCAGGAUCACUUCAUCGAGUACGUCAAGCCGAUUCUGGCGGCUUCGGGUCUUGAUUGGGAGUUUGUCCAGGGCCGGCAGCAAGGCGAUGUGCGAGCGGCGGUGGCCGAGAAGAUUAGGAGAUCCAGGAAGGCCCAGGAGCGGCCCGGUGAAGAGCUUCCUCAGACGGAUGAUGCCAUCAUAGAACAGCAGAGGAAGAAGAUUGGGCUGCCAGAAUACGAAGGCAUCAAGGGCGACAUCGUCAUCGGCCGGCAUACCUGGAAAGAGUACGUCCGGGGACUUCACGAAGGAUGGCUAGGACCGCUCGACCCACCGCCAUUGCCAGUCAUCGAAACUCCUCAAGAGAAAUCCGAUUUCGAAAGCACCUCGACCGGGGGUGAUCCCGACAAGAAGCCAGAGGAGAAGAAGCCUGAAGAAGAGAAAAAGGAUGAAGCGCCGAAGCGACCACCGCAGCCUCGACCUCACAACUCCCCCGACGACUACCCCUCUGCCACGCUGCCGGCCAGCAUCCCCGCCGAAUUCUCGCCCUCCGCUCCUGUACCCUUCCCUCACCGCCUGGGCUUCCGUCACACGUUUGUCCGUCUGGGCCGCUUCCUGACACGCCGCCACCUGGCAGACGACAUUGGCCGGGAAGUCGCCGCAGUCUGCUUUGCCGCAGCCCGCGACUGGCGCGAAGUCGACGGCCAAUACGAGCAGCAGCUCGUCCUGAAGCAGGAGGAAGACGACUGGCCCAAGUUCGUCUGGAAGGACGAGCCGGAACCGGCCGACGACGCGGAAAAGGCUGGCAAGGCCGCCGAGCCGCCCAAGGAGCGCAUCUGGGCCUCGCCCGUGGUGAUUGACUCGCGCAUCGCGGGGAGGAUGCGGCGCUUCGAGAUCCGGCCCGAGGAUGAGGCGCGCGCAAAGGAGAUUGUGGUUCCGGAGGCGGAGAUUGAGGGAUGGAUGAAGCGCAACCUGAGGAGUCUGUAUCAUUGGGGAGCCAGCUCCUUUGCGAGCAAGCCCAAGGGUCCCAAUGUGGGAAACUUGGAUGAUGAUUGA